AUGCCGAAGACACUCGUCGAUGCUUACCUCGCUGCAGCAGCACUGCAUGUCAUUGUAUCACAGUUUACCUUUAUCUUUGACAUCAUGAUUGUCUCCCAUAAGGGCCCCAUGAGCAUCUUCUAUGCUAAUGCCACCGGCAUAUUGCUGUUUUUGCUUGGCAUGGCUGCACUACAAGCCAGUAAAUCUAUCAGGAUAAAUUAUAAGCGUAGUCCUGUUGCAUUUCCUAUGGAACUUGUCUUGAUUAUCACAGUCACCAUUAUUUCUAAUCUCAUUCAUUUUCAUGCUGAAUCUAGUAGCGCUGUGGUCAGUAUGAUUCCUGAGAGGUUUCUGCCUCCUACACCGCCAGUUUUAUCAAACCUGAGAGAGAUCAUACUGCAUGCCUUCCCCCUUGCUAUUGUAAGCUAUUUCCUUCUCGUUUUUGUUGGAGAGAGGUGUGCUUCACGUCACAACUACGAUAUUGCCAGCAACCAGGACCUAAUAGCUGUGGGGCUAUGCAAUAUUUGCAGCUCAUUUUUCAAAAGUUUUGUUGUCAGCUGCACUAUUUCCGGAACUGUAAUUCAAGAGAAGACGGGUGGAAAAACACAGCUAGCAGCAGCGAUUGGAGCAUCUGUGAUGCUGGGGAUUGCGCUGACACUAGGACGCUUUUUCCAGACAAUCCCUAACUGUAUACUGGCUGCUAUUGUGGUCUUUAACGUGCUUCCUUUUCUUGAAAAAUUUCUGGACGUCCCUAUCCUGUGGAAGCGAGAUAAGUAUCACUUUGUUAUCUGGCUUGUGACUUUUGCUGGAGUGCUUUGUCUUGGCCUUGACGUGGGUUUAGUGAUCGCCAUGGCAUUUACGUUCUUCAUCAUCACCGUUCGGUCGCACAGAAUGAAGAUGGUGGUGCUGGGACAGAUUCCAAACACGAACAUUUAUAGAAGUUUAUCCGCCUACAGAGCCAUGGACAUGAAAACAGUGCCUCUAGAUGAAAGUGAAAUGAGGGCUUUCAUUUCACUUAGUCUGUCUGACACUACAGUGGAAAGAAAAUGCUCCUGUGACUGUGAUCCACCUCAACCCCCACCUAGGAUACCAUAUACAGAGAAACUGGUGAAGCGACGGCACGCGGGCAGCAGUUCCUCAUCAUCUUCACUGAAUUUGGUGCGUUGGUCAAAGUGUGGAGACAACCUCAGCUCCAGGACGCUGCUGGUGGGAGCAGCGCAGUAUCUGUCCUAUGGACUUAGGACUGAAAAGAACGAGGGUGAAGAGAGAAGAGCCUGCCCUUCGCCAGGCUCUGCAAUAGAUAACUCCUCAGUCCGGUUCGAACAGCCGGUGCCUUUGCCAUGUCCAGUUCACACCAUUAUUUUAGACUUCAGCAUGGUGCAAUUUGUGGAUGCGAUAGGUUCGGAGUUACUGCGACAGUGCGCUUGUAUAACGCAGGAUUCCUCUAAUGCCUGUAUGGAAUUCUUUCCACAGAUCAUCCAUAUGUUCCACAAUAUUGGCAUUACAGUCCUUAUCGCUGCCUGUCACUCCUCUGUGAUAGCAGACUUCGAGAAGAGUGAUUUCUUUGACAGCCGUGUCACCAAAGAAAGGUUCUUUCUAAGUCUUCAUGAUGCUGUGCUGGCUGCUUUGGACAAGCAUCAAAAUCCAGAUGAGCUAGAACCUGCCGGGCAAGAGUUUGCUGAAGACCUGCAAGCUGAACAGCAGCAGGAAACAACUUUGCUCUUGAAGAAGAAGAGAGAUUUUUACUCUGCAAAGAACUCUGACAACAAAUUUCUCCAUGGAGAGCCAAGCUCAGAGACAUCAUACUUAGCCGAGAGUACGGCAGAUCCAAGCUCUCGCCAGCAGUACGAUACUCCACCCCUGCAGUCGGAUUUCCAGGACCCAGGCUGGG